GGUGUGUUCUUAAAUUCACUCUGGAGUGCUAGAGGAUGAUCUGGUCGUUCUUAAAUUCAGAGCGUUGUCAGAUUGUCCGUUCGCAAAUUCAGAGCGAUUCGCUCUCGGACCGUCCAGAGCGCACACCGGAUGCUAUGGCCAAGGAGUAGGGUUGAUGCGAGCGUUCUGACCUUACAACGGCAGUCAAACACCCAAACAUACUGGCUAAAGUUGGCUAGCUACUUCCAGACACAAAUGAGAGAACACCAACAUUUUACUCGUAUUCGCAGAGCUGGUUAGGCUGUUUUCAUGUUAUCUAUAGGGUUGGUGACUAACUGUGCUGCUGGCAACAAUAUUGCGACGUUUACUGACAUCGGUCAUAUUCAACCGGUGUUGCGUUUUCGUUAAUUACUCGGUGAAAUCGGAGUAGAUAACCAGAGUGAAUUUACGAACGCACCCUUCAUUUUAUGGUCGAUGACGUUGACCAUGUGAUCAGGUAACCAAGAUGGCGUCGGGGCAGCAGUGGGUGUUAGUGGAGAUGGUACAAGCACUCUACGAGGCACCUGCCUACCAUCUGGUCUUGGAGGGGAUCCUCAUACUGUGGAUCAUCAGACUGCUGUUUUCAAAGACGUACAAACUACAGGAGCGUUCAGACCUCACAGAGAAGGAAAAGGAGGACUUAAUUGAAGAAUGGCAACCAGAACCCCUUGUCCCUCCUAUGUCCAAAGACCAUCCUUCCCUCAAUUAUGACAUAGUCACUGGCCCACCAAGCCACAAAAUCAUUGUAAAUGGAAAAGAGUGCAUUAACUUUGCUUCAUUUAACUUCUUGGGUUUCCUUGACAACGAGCGAGUGAAGCAAAAGGCCUUGACUUCUCUCAGGAGGUAUGGUGUUGGUACCUGUGGUCCAAGAGGUUUCUAUGGAACCUUUGAUGUCCACUUGGAGUUAGAGGAUCGUUUGGCCAAGUUCAUGAAAACAGAGGAGGCCAUCAUCUAUUCCUAUGGCUUUGCAACGAUAGCUAGUGCAAUACCUGCCUACUCCAAGAGAGGAGACAUAGUGUUUGUGGAUGAGGCAGCAUGUUUCUCCAUACAAAAGGGUCUCCAAGCCUCCCGCAGUUUCAUCAAGUACUUCAAACACAACGACAUGGAAGAUCUGGAGAGACUGCUCAAAGAGCAGGAGAUCGAGGAUCAGAGGAAUCCUCGGAAGGCCAGAGUGACCAGGAGGUUCAUCAUAGUGGAGGGGCUGUAUAUAAACACUGCAGAUGUUUGUCCCCUUCCAGACCUGGUGAAGCUGAAGUACAAGUACAAGGUCCGCAUCUUCCUGGAGGAGAGUAUGUCGUUCGGGGUGCUGGGAGAACAUGGCAGAGGGGUUACGGAACACUUUGGGGUCAACAUUGACGAUAUUGACCUCAUUAGUGCCAACAUGGAGAACGCUGUGGCUUCCAUAGGCGGCUUCUGCUGUGGAAGGUCGUUCGUCAUAGACCAUCAGCGUCUCUCAGGCCAGGGGUACUGUUUCUCUGCCUCCCUGCCCCCCAUGCUGGCUGCUGCAGCCAUAGAGGCCCUUAACAUCAUGGAGGAAGACCCAGAAAUUUUUACCAUCCUGAGGGAGAAGUGCAAACACGUUCACAAAGCGUUGCAAGAAAGUCCUGGGAUGAAGGUAGUAGGGGAAGCUUAUGCCCCUGCGCUUCACCUACAGCUAGAGAGAAGCUCUGGAUCCAGAGACACGGACGUGAGGAUGCUUCGCAGCAUCGUAGAUUACUGUUUGGAGAGACAGAUCGCACUCACCCUAGCUCGGUACUUGGAUAAAGAGGAGCGGUUUCUCCCUCCGCCUUCGAUCCGGGUAGUGGUCACCAUCGAGCAGACAGAAGAGGAGAUUGAGAAAGCUGCAUCCUGCAUCAAAGAGGCAGCUCUGGCUAUCCUCAAAUGAUUCCUGGCUCUUGAACAAGCAGACCUGGAGUUCUCCGUUCUCAGUUUGCCGACAUUCCCAGGAUUCACCUCCAGGCUUCGCAGAGCAUCAAUUGACAGGGAAGUUGGAAAGUUCCAUCAAGGCAUAGCCAGGUGCGUUCAUCCACAAACUCGAGGAGCAGAAGACUCAAGGUGGACAACACUUUCUGUGAGGAUCGUUGUCGAUUUUUAAAUCAGAUUAUCCUUCUCACGGCUACUUUAUUUAUGUUUGACCUCCCAUUUGCUGAUGGUCCUCAUUCACCUUCUCACGUAUAAAUGAAUGUAAAAUCUGGGCCUCGUCCCCCAACCGUCAUUCAGUUCACUAUCUGUUUGAAUGAAGGUUGAAAGUCUUAACUAAUAAACAAUAAAUAUUUGUAACCAAGAGCUGGUUCAUUUUGUAAGUCAAAUUACUUAACUACUUACUUUUUUUUUUUUAUACAUACUGUAUUGUGAAACCGUUUUUGUUUUUUAUAUACUUCUACAUCUGCAUUGCUUUCUGUUUGGGGUUUUAGGCUGGGUUUCUGUACAGCACUCUGAGAUAUCAGCUGAUGUACAAAGGGCUAUAUAAAUACGUUUGAUUUAAUAUACUGACAAAAACCAAAUUGUGUAUACUAUGAUUUUCCUUCUUUUGACUAAAUGUUAGAUUGUAUUCCAAAAAGAGUUCAAUAUUAUCGCACUGCAUUGUAUGAAAUGCACCUAUUUAGUUUUUUUUGUCUUGUAUACUAAUUCAUAUUUGAUUCCAAGCGGUCACUGAUUUUAAGCCUUGCGAGAUUGUUUCACCAAUCGCCCCACUUGGCAUCAUGGUUAGGUCAGCCUGCAUUGGCACCCUGACGGGAUUUAUCAUUGGGGAUUUCUUUUUAUGUUAGGCUCUUUGUGAACGUAUUGCAAUUUUGUUCUGUUACUGAUCAUUAAGUAACUUGCCUCAGUGUUUUUACGUGUUUGAUUUGAACAGUUAAUUUUCUUCAUUAGAUCACAUAAAUGAUUGUUACACAGAAUGAAUUGCAUACAAAUUUCACAGAAUGUAAUUUGAGAGUUUUAACACAUGCCAACUUGAAUAUAAAUAUAUUUGCACUGUAUAUGCAUUGUGAUGCACAUCAAUCUCGUUUUCAUGUUGAAGCCUAUUGUUGAGUGACAUAAUGACACUACUGCAAGACACACUAGUGUCACUUAUUUUGUAACACAAAGACACUCACUGGUUCAUUUAUAAAACAUCCAAUAUGCAGUAUAUUAUGUGCCUUUGUGUUGCUAACUGUGCUAUCAGUUUGAUUGACUAUUAAUCAAAUAAAUGGGAAAAUGGUAA